AUGAACUCAGAGGAAACAGCAGUAUCCAUCGCAAAGGCGGCGAAGGCGGCCUUUGAGGCGUCGCAGCUGAUCCCAACUGCCGAGCGCGUCCAAGCGCUUCACGAGAUCCGCAAGGAGCUCGAGGCGGCCAAGGAAGCCAUUUUGGCCGCAAACAGACUAGAUGUCGAGGCUGCGCAGGCGGAGGUGGACGCAGGGCGGAUGUCCGCAGCCCUUCUCAAACGCCUCGAUCUCACCAAAGGCGACAAAUGGGACUCUAUGCUCCAGGGCGUCACCGACGUCGCCGCUCUUCCUGAUCCGACGGGAAACGUCUCAUACGCGUCUGAGCUGGACGAUGGUCUGAAGUUGUACCGGGUGUCGUGCCCGAUUGGCGCACUCCUCGUCAUCUUCGAAGCUCGGCCAGAGGUCGUCGUCAACAUCGCGUCUUUGGCCAUCAAAUCCGGGAACGCUGCCAUCCUGAAGGGCGGGAAGGAAUCCAACGAAACCACCCAGCUGCUCUCGAAAGCCAUCCAGACAGCACUCUCCAAGACGCAGCUCCCACCAACGUACAUCCAAGCGAUCCAGACCCGCGCAGAAGUCUCCGCGCUCCUCGCGCUCGACCAAUACAUCGAUCUCGUCAUCCCCCGCGGGAGCAACAGCCUCGUACGCAACAUACAACACAACACCCGCAUCCCCGUCAUGGGGCACGCCGACGGUCUCUGCGCCGUCUACAUCGACGCCUCAGCCGACCUGAAGAAGGCGGUCAGAGUCGUCGUGGACUCCAAGGUCGACUACCCCGCGGCGUGCAACGCCGCCGAGACGCUCCUCCUGCACGAGAGCACGGUGGGCACGAUCUGGCCCGCCGUCGCGCGCGCGCUCCUCGCCGCGGACGUCACCCUGCUCUGCGACGCGCCCUCGCUCGCCGCGCUGCACGCGCUCGCGCCCGCCCCGGCGAACCUCGCGUCGCACGCGCGCCCCGCGCCCGCGGACGCGUACGCGACCGAGCACCUGUCCCUCACGCUCUCCGUGCGCGUCGUGCGCUCGCUCGCGGCCGCGAUCGCGCACGUGAACGCGCACUCGUCGCACCACACGGACAGCGUCGUCGCGGAGGACGCGGCGGCGGCGUCCGCGUUCGUGCGCGGGGUCGACUCCGCGGGCACGUUCGUGAACGCGAGCACGCGCUUCGCCGACGGCUUCCGGUACGGGUUCGGGACGGAGGUCGGGAUCAGCACCGGGCGCAUCCACGCGCGCGGGCCGGUGGGGCUCGAGGGGCUCGUGACGUACAAGUAUGUGCUGCGGAGCGAGGGCGCGGAGGGGCACGUCGUGGGCGAGUUUGGGAUGGGCGAGGGCAAGAAGCGGUACAAGCACCGGAGGUUCGAGGCCGCGACCGCGCCGUUCUACGAGUAG